GAUUGAAUUACCAGCUAGUCUAAACUAUACGAACUAAAUCAGGCGGAAAUAAAAGCUAAGGCGCCGCUCCUGCGCGGCUUGCUUCGUUAUGCAAAAGUCACAACACGUAAAAACUAAGCAAACACAUCUUUCCCGACAUAUUGUUUGCUAUGUAGAUUUCGCACGAUUUAUGUUCGGUAGUUUGUCACUGGAGUUUACACGAAUACGACGGACAUUAAGUAUUACGUGCGCAAAGUAAAAAUGGAUUUGUAUUUAUCGUACUGGUUUUCGUGGCCCAUGGUGAUUCUCUUUCUCCUUGUUCAUCAAAUCAAUAGAGCUUUAGGUCAAAGUUGCUUGACCACGGCAGAUUGCAUCGAUUCCGGCACAACCUGUCAAGAUGUUGAUAUACCGACAAAAAGCGGAUCUACCUAUGGAACCAGAAUAGAGAAACGAUGCAUCUGUACCGAAGCCCUAAGACAACCGUGCUAUGAGGAUGCUGAUUGUACGCAAAAGUAUUCGGGAGUGACCGGCUUAUUCUGCCAGCAAUCCUUAACUUGCCCGGGACAGACCGGUCUUGGAUAUUGUCGGCUUGUUAGUUCCAAUAUAAAUCUUGUCGAUCUUCGAGGAUUAAGUCCAACGUUAUCAAUUGUGUAGAAAGUUGUUAAUCACGUGCUGUAACUCUCUGCAUAAACGUCCUCCUUAUGAAUGCCUCAUAGCUUUAUCAGUAGUAGGUGAAUCUUGAUCAUGUGUGCACUUCGGUACUGGCAAAAGCCGAUGCAAAGGUCAAGUUGCCUGGAUCUUUGCUUAACAAUUUUGUUAACGGUGUGCUGUAUGCCGAAAUUCGACUUCGCAUAAAAAUUACGUGCCUCAA